GAUUGCUUUACAUGUUAGCAUGUCAUUAACCCGGCAGGGCACUUGCCUUUCCCGCUCUCAGUUUGGCGUUCUCUACAGACAUGCUGUUCCAAUGGGAACCACUGCCAAGGAGGAAAUGAACAAAUUUUGGGCCAAAAACAACAAAUUGAACCGACCUAUGUCUCCACAUGUGACCGUUUAUAAGUGGUCAGUGCCUAUGAUGAUGUCCAUCUCACACCGAGGCACCGGACUGGGACUGAGUGCAGGUGUCUCUGCGUUUGCGCUGUUGGCGUUGGUGUUGCCAGGAAGCUACCCUUACUACCUGGACCUGAUCCACUCCCAGUCUUUUGGUCCUGCUCUAAUUGGACUGGCUAAGUUUGGCAUUGCCUUUCCAUUGUCCUACCACACCUUCAAUGGAAUCCGCCAUCUGUGCUGGGAUAGUGGAAAGGGAUUUAAGAUUCCUGAGGUGUAUGGCUCCGGCUACACGGUCAUCGUGCUGACCGUACUGACCACCAUUGCUGCCGUUGCGUACAAGGGAGCAGCAUGAGAAGAGGGGGAGGAGAGAGAGAGGAGAGAAUAUGGACACAGUUGAUGGUGGAGAAGCGAUUGUUCUAGUUUAUGUUCUUGUCUUUGUGGCACCAACACAAAAAAACGACUUGAUGAAUAAAUGUCAAAUCAAAACGGUUUUGUAGUUCAUGGACGCAUGGCCUCGCUCCGAUUUGUUGCUGUGUUCACGUGUUUGAAUUUUUUUUUUAUGUAAUUGUAACUUCAUUGAAGGUGAUUUGGCCAUUACAAAAUGAAUAUGCUCACACUCCUGUAUUAUUUCAAGAGGUUUUUAACUAGCUGUGGUUAAAUACAGCGGAUGUUUGCAAUGGCUGAUUUAACAAAAAAUGUAGGCAUGUUUAUUUAUUUUUUUCCCCCCAUAGACAACUUUAAGGGUGAGAAUGUGUCUUAAACCCAGUUGAGGAAAGUUACAUUCCUUUAACAAAGUCAGUGAAACAAUGUGUGAGAGCCAGAUCAGUCUGGUUCCACCAGGCUGCAAAAUGGGAAUAUGACCCCAAUAUCACCAUGUCUGUUAUCUAACUGAAUAUGAUUUUGUUUGAUUACAGUUUGGGGGUGGAAUAAUUAUCCUUGUGUCUCAAACGACUCCUUUUAAAGUGCACUGCUUUUGACAAAAGAAAGGGUCCAUUGGGUUCUGGUCAAAUAUAGUGCACAAGAAUAUAGGAACUGCGUUGCUAUUUGGAACGCAUCUCAUGUUAAUGUGUCCUACAUCUGUCUUCUAUUAUGUCUCCAAUGUAUCUUGAAAAUAUCCACAUUUAGAUCAUUCAGAGCUUCAAGUAACUGAUAAUAACACUGGCAAGUGUUAUACAAACUUAUUUUUGCAGGAAAUGCAUUUCUUUCCUUGGGGUGGGGUGUAACAACAUUUCCAGUGGAACUUUCCUAUAUGGACAGCUGGUGGCCGUUCAAUAAAAUACAUAUUUUCAUUGGUCUGCA